AUGGCCACCAACAACGCUCCCAUUUCAUACUCGGCCACCGUACGAAAAGGACUCCCUCCACAAGAUGCACAAAACCCUCAACAAGUCCCGGCAGUGACUCCCACAAGUCAGCUCAAGGCUCAUUCUCCGAGACAAGCAGACAGACAACCAAUAUCUCCCUCCCCGAGCCACGUCCCGCGAACGGAACACCCCGAAGACGCCGUCUACGUCCUAACCAUCCUCACCGACAAAGCCCACCACGCGCGCAUGACCUCUCUCCGAAACAAAUACUUCCCUCCCAAGAUCAACAAACUCGCCGCCCACCUCACCCUCUUCCACGCUCUCCCCUCCAGCAAACUCGAAACCACCAUCAUCCCAUCCAUCGAAGCUCUCGUCCGCUCCACCAACCAGUUCAAAAUCCACGCAACGAAACCCUUUCAAUUGAAAAAGGGUAUCGCCAUCUCCAUCUCCGAGCAGGACGGCGGCAAGCAAGGCCAUGCCAUCCAUCGGGACUUGCAGAACCGCUGGAAGAAGGAUGGCUUUUUGAGCGAGCAGGAUGCCGGCGGCUGUCGAAUUCACUACACGAUCAUGAAUAAAGUGGAUGAUGAAGUUGCGGUCAGUCGAGCUUUCGGGGAAGUCGUGGGCGAAUUCCAAGGUGAUUUCGGGACUGCGGAGGGUUUGGCGCUGUGGAGGUAUGAUCGGGGUUUCUGGAGGGCCGACAGGAGGUUCUUGUUUGCGAGAACAUAG